CGCGCCUGGCGGCCGGGUUGGCUGUGGCUGCCCAGAGGUUCCUGCCAGUCCUCCCACUGACUACACCCCGGGAAGGAGGAGCUUCGGGCGCGCACAAGGCGUCAGAAUCCUCAAUUUCCAACUUAGCAUCUUGGCAGGACCUUUGCGAAGCCAAAAGCAGAGCCCCCCGGUGCAAAGAGCAAGGGGGAAAAGAGAAAGCAGCAAGGGAAGGGAGGGGGGGGAGCCGAGCCCGGGCGAGUGGGGCGCGCAGAGGAGCGGGCGCGACGAUCGCAGCCGGAGGCGCCCGGGAAGCUAAAGAGGAGGUGCUGCGGGCCGGAGUCCCGGAGCCCGGGCUCGAAGAGCGGCGGCCCAGGGCAGCCAGAGGCCAGGUGCCCGCCCGCUCGCCCUUGCAGGGCGCCGCCCGGCUCGUUGGCGGCCGGGGCGCGGCGCGCCCCAUGCCCGUGUGUGGCCAUGUCCUACCCGCAGGGCUACUUGUACCAGCCGUCCGCCUCGCUGGCGCUCUACUCGUGCCCGGCGUACAGCACCAGCGUUAUUUCGGGGCCCCGCACGGAUGAGCUCGGCCGAUCGUCUUCGGGCUCCGCGUUCUCGCCCUACGCUGGCUCCACUGCCUUCACGGCGCCCUCGCCGGGCUACAACUCGCACCUCCAGUACGGCGCGGACCCCGCGGCAGCCGCCGCCGCCGCUUUCUCCUCGUACGUGGGUUCUCCCUACGAUCACACACCCAGCAUGGCGGGAUCCUUGGGGUACCACCCUUACGCGGCGCCCCUAGGGUCGUACCCAUAUGGGGACCCCGCGUACCGGAAGAACGCCACCCGGGACGCUACAGCUACCCUCAAAGCCUGGCUCAACGAGCACCGAAAGAACCCCUACCCCACCAAAGGCGAGAAGAUCAUGCUGGCCAUCAUCACCAAGAUGACCCUCACCCAGGUGUCCACCUGGUUCGCCAACGCGCGCCGGCGCCUCAAGAAGGAGAACAAGAUGACGUGGACGCCGCGGAACCGUAGCGAGGACGAGGAGGAAGAGGAGAACAUCGACCUGGAGAAGAACGAUGAGGACGAGCCCCAGAAACCCGAGGACAAGAGUGACCCCGAAGGCCCAGAAGCAGGAGGAGCGGAGCAGAAGGCGGCUGCAGGCUGCGAACGGCUGCAGGGGCCGCUCACCCCCGCCGGCAAGGAGACCGAAGGCAGCCUCAGCGAUUCGGAUUUUAAAGAGGUGCCUUCGGAGGGGCGCCACGAUGCGCAGCCCGGGGCCCCUCGCGCCGGCGGGCCCUCCCCAGCUGGGCCAGCAGCGGCGCGGCUGGCCGAGGACCCAGCCUCUCACUACCCCGCAGGCGCUCCGGGGCCCGGCGCGCACCCAUCCGCGGGAGAGCUGCCCCCUGGCCCCGGUGGGCCCUCGGUCAUCCACUCGCCGCCACCCCCGCCGCAGCCAGUGGUGCUUGCCAAGCCCAAACUGUGGUCUCUGGCAGAGAUCGCCACAUCCUCGGACAAGGUCAAGGACGGGGGCGGCGGGAACGAGGCUUCUCCAUGCCCACCGUGCCCGGGGCCCAUAGCCGGGCAAGCCCUCGGAGGCAGCCGUGCGUCGCCAUCCCCGGCGCCGUCGCGCUCGCCCUCGGCGCAGUGUCCUUUUCCCGGCGGGACGGUGCUGUCCCGGCCUCUUUACUACACGGCGCCCUUUUAUCCCGGCUACACGAACUAUGGUUCCUUCGGACACCUCCACGGCCACCCGGGGCCUGGGCCAGGCCCCACAACCGGUCCAGGCUCUCAUUUCAAUGGAUUAAACCAGACCGUGUUGAACCGAGCGGACACUUUGGCUAAAGACCCGAAAAUGUUGAGGAACCCGUCUCAACUAGACCUGUGCAAAGACUCUCCCUAUGAGUUGAAGAAAGGUAUGUCCGACAUUUAACGCGGGCUGCGUCGGUCCCGGACUUCCCUAAUUUAUUAAAAACAUGGCCUUGGCAGUUAUUUUUCCCUCGUCACUGAGAGAGAGAGAGAGAGAGAGAGAGAGAGAGAAAGAGAGAAACUACCCCUCCUAUUCAAAAGUUUAUAAUCAGUGGAGAUGGAUGGCAUAAAAAUGUAAAACAUCUCCACAUACACAAAAAUGUCUUAACCAACUGAGAAGAAAAAUUAAAAAGAGGAUUUGUAUUAAAUCUUAUUCUGUAUAUUUAAUGUAGCAUUUUUGUAUUUAAAUUGAUAAUUCAAUAUCUUUGAAGUAAAUUAUGAAAUCAAGACACUUGUACAGGCAUUUAAUGUUUUUGUAAUAUAAAUAUAUACAUUUGUGUUUCCCCCCAAAACUGUUUCAUAGUUUAAAAAAUACAAGUUUAAUUUAAUUUUUUACACCUAUUGAUUUUUCUGGGUAUGAGCUAAAGUAUUAUUACAGAAAGGAAACAGGUUAUACACUUAGAUUUAAAAGGUAAAACAAAUCGCAGCCGCCUUUGUAAAAAUGCAAAAAAAUAUUUAAUUAAAAGAGAUUUUAACAUAA